AUGGUCCAAUUAGACAAUAAUGAGUACAUAUUCGAUGAAAAUGGUGGCCGAGGAACUCCGGCUUCCACAUUUUUUAAACGUUUGGCUUCUUAUAACAAACACCACCAUAAUUCAGACUCCGAUUCCCAAAAACCCAAGCAGGGUAGCGAGGCAUCAUCAAAAGUCAUUGGCGCCGCUUAUUCUUACGCAGAUGCUUUGAAGUUCGAUCAACUAUCUUUAUCUUCCUCACAGCCAAACAGUGCCCCAGAAUCCCCAGAAAUUCACCCUGUAAGCUCUAGAAGACAGUCUAACUUUGACAUUGAUGAUGACUGGGAUGCAAAUAUUGAACACGAUUUAGUUCGUGUAAAUUCCAUUCAAAAGUCUUACGAUAAUCAAAUAAGCCCUGAAUUCAAACGCUCACCUAGAAGCCGGGCGGGUGGUUCAGGGAUAUACCAACAUCGCCAAACUAGUAGUGGGAGCUUGCCACUAUCACGCUAUCCCACAUCUUCAACCCACGACAUUCCUAAAAAUGGCAGCUCACUUAGCUUAAGCCGAAUCACAUCUUCAGGAAGUAAUAUAAGAGGUGACAGUAAUGGAAACAGCCACAGUACGACUACAACAUGUACAAACUUUUAUGGAACCCCUAGCAGUAGCAUGCGUGAAGACGGGCUAAAGGUACAAUUUGAUGGAAUCGUGAAAGACCCUACAAACUUGUUAAAUUCGAUCAGUUUAAUACCUAUCACAUCAAACUCCAGUCUUCCUGGAACAAAUCCUAGCGAACCCAACCUUCAAGUUGAUGGUCCAAAUAAUACCCAACGACUUUCUCGCAUUCAUAAAUUUAAAAAAAUCUUGCAUUCUUCAAACGUCGAUCUAAAUGAGUUAAAGACCCUUGCAUGGUCAGGAGUUCCGAAUGAGCUCAGACCCAUCACAUGGCAGUUGCUUCUUGGAUACCUCCCGACCAACGCAGAAAGACGUGUAACGACACUGGCUCGAAAAAGAAAAGAAUAUCUUGAUGGAGUAGAGCAAGCUUUUUCAUCGGGGUUGGAUCAGGUUAUGUGGCAUCAAAUUUCAAUUGAUGUUCCUCGUACUAACCCCCACAUUGAGCUUUAUGGCCAUCCCACAACUCAACGAGCUCUGGAAAGAAUUUUAUAUCUCUGGGCUAUUCGACACCCUGCAUCUGGAUACGUUCAAGGUAUUAACGACUUGGUGACUCCAUUUUUUGAAACAUUUCUUUCUGCUUAUAUUGAGGUUGAUCCUGAAAAAUACGACCCAGGAAAGCUCCCAAAAUACGUUUUAGAUGCAGUUGAAGCUGAUACUUUUUGGUGUCUAACCAAGCUACUUGAUGGAAUUCAAGAUAAUUAUAUUCAUGCCCAACCUGGAAUCCAGCGACAAGUUGCUGAGUUAAAAGAGCUUACUCAAAGAAUUGACGCCAAUUUAGCUAAACAUUUAAGUAACGAAGGUGUUGAGUUUAUGCAGUUUUCCUUUCGUUGGAUGAAUUGUUUGCUUAUGCGUGAAGUAAGUGUGAAAAACACAAUUAGAAUGUGGGAUACAUAUAUUGCUGAAGGUGCAUAUGGAUUUUCUGAGUUUCAUGUUUAUGUGUGCGCGGCAUUUCUCGUCAAAUGGUCUGCCCAAAUUCAGCAAAUGGACUUUCAAGAGGUUAUGAUGUUUUUACAGGCGUUACCAACCAAAGACUGGGGCGAAAAGGAAAUUGAGCUCUUGCUUAGCGAAGCUUACAUGUGGCAGUCUCUUUUCAAAAAUGCUUCUGCACAUUUACGAUAA